GUAGGAGUGCAACAGUGUCUCAAGACUAGUUACUAUUAUCCCUUUGCUCCCUCUCCUGCCUCCCACUCUCUGUAGUACUUUUCCUUCCCAUUGCAAAGUUGAAAAGCAACUCCUACUCUGUCCCUUUCUUUGCCACUCAUUCUUCUUCUUCUUGAACUUCUUCUUCUUCUUCUUGAGCUUCUUCUUAUUUUAGUCUUAUAUCUUCUUACCAAAGGAUUAGAGAACAGCAAACUAAUCAAACUAGAAUGACUACAAGUGCAUUUUCUUAGCACUUUCAGUCUGUCUUCUUUCUUUCUUUGUGGCUAUCUUUGAUGACUUUUAAUGCAUUGACAGCUUGACAGUUGCUAGUUCCUCCAAUAAUUGAGAGUUUGUGUGUGUGUGUGUGUGUGAAGUUUGAAAGGUGCUUCCAUGUCCAUGUCUAUGUCUCCAAAUGUAUGAUUAACAGGAGAUGUGUGAUUGGUUCCUGGAACUCCACACCAAAACUCUUUCCUUUUUCUUCUUCACUUGUGAGUUGUGUUUCUCCACUUCACUGUUUCUUGUUGUUUUGGGAAGAGUUAAUGCAAGACCUUAAAUGGUUGUAGUAAAAGACCCCCUUUUCUUCUCUGUUUCCCUUUUACUUCUCCCAAGGUUUCCUUGCAGUUUUGAUUGCUUGACUCUGUGCAAAGAUUAGAUCUUUUUAACAUAUCCUGUCUGCUUUUUUAUUCUUUUGCUCUGUUUGGUGAUCUACACGUAUGCUGUUAUUCUGAAAAAGGUUAUAUUUUUAUUUUUAGAUUUGGCUGCUUGUCAAUGUCUUUAUGUCAUGCUCUUGUUCAAUUCUAUGCUUUGGUUGAGUUCUUGUGGGAAUUUUUUUGAGAAGAAAUAUAUAAAAAAAAAAGGAAGCAUAGUGUUAGUUGAUGUUGUGCUGAUGGCAUGGUAAAACAAGAAGCAAACUAGAUAAUAGGAUUUUGGUUGAAAGGAGAGUGUUGGAGUAGUGGGUGUUGCAGGAGAAGGCAUCAGAUUGGUUGUGAACAUUAAGGAUUUUGAGGGUUGAUUUCAUGGAGUGGGAUUUAAAAAUGCCUUCUUGGGACUUGGCAGACAUGGAACAAAAUGCUGAGCAGGGAAUUGUUCCUGUGGUUGCAGGGCCAAGUAGCUGGCCAAGCAACCAGGAUUGCUCAGUUGAUUUGAAACUUGGAGGUUUAGGGGACUUUGGACAGGCUGAUAGAUGGAAAGUUCAGCCUAGAGUGCCUGCUGUUCCCAGUGCCACCACCUCCUCCUCUUCAAAGCGUUCUCGAACACCUAAUAAUGCCGGCCAGAUUGCUUGUUGCUUGGUUGAUGGUUGUAAGUCUGAUCUUAGUAAGUGUAGAGAUUAUCACAGAAGGCAUAAGGUCUGUGAAGUUCAUUCCAAAACUCAGAUUGUUAUGGUUGGUGGCCAAGAACAGAGAUUUUGCCAGCAAUGUAGCAGGUUUCAUCUUCUGGUGGAGUUUGAUGAAGUUAAACGAAGCUGCAGAAAACGUCUUGACGGACAUAACAGGCGUCGGAGGAAGCCUCAGCCGGAUCCCCUCAGUGCCGCAAACUUGUUCACAAAUCACCAAGCAGGCAUCCGAUUCACAUCAUAUCCUCCGUUGUUUCCAUCUGCUACUACACCGGGAGGUCUGGCAUGGCCGGGAAUCAUCAAAACUGAACAAGAUACAAUGUUUAUUGACCAGCAAUCAUCGAGUUUCAUCAGCAGGCAACAGAAUCUUCCGAGCUCCUUCUACAUCAAUUUCAAAGAAGGGAAGAAAUUCCCCUUCUUGCAGGACAGUGAGAUUGCUCUCGGCCACAGGAUUUCACUUGAGGCCUCUGGGAAGAUCAUCCCUUCUUCUCAAAGUAGCAGCAUGAAGAUGUUGCCCGACGGAAUAAAUCACAUUCUUGAUUCUGAAGGUGCUCUCUCUCUUCUGUCAUCCCCGGUUCAGACUGCAGCAAUCAAUCUAAGCCAAAUGGUCCCUUCGGAUCGCAUUCCUGUCGGACAACCGCUUGUUUCUAGUCUUUCAUACAGUGGUCUUGGUCACUACUCUGGCUCACAAGCUUCAAGCAGUGUUUCACCCACCGGCUUUUCAUGUUCGGGCAUCGAUGAUGAUCAUGAAGGAAAUAUUUUGGUUUCUGAUGCCAGUGAUGCUGAUCUUCCCUGCCAUGGUAUCUUUCCUGUUGGAGGUGAAGGGUCCUCUGAUGGAGCAUCCCAAGCUCUUCCCUUUUGGCUUUAGAAGAUUCUUUUGUAAUGUACCUGCAUCUUGGAUAACUUUGUUCAUGCCCUUGUUUGUUCAAGAAUCAAACCUCUUAGUUCUAAA